AUGGCAGCGCCUGCGAGCCUCCCAAUGCCCCCGCCGUCAGCGGAUUUGGCGACCACCUGGAGGUACCUCGAGGAUGGUGUCGACCAUAUAAUGACCAAGUUGCAAACUGGUGUCUCAUACACAAAGUAUAUGUCGCUCUAUACCGUGGCGUACAACUAUUGCACAUCGUCCAAAAUGCAUGGAAGCGAUGGCAGUAUCGGUCUCCAGAACCGAACAGGCGCAAACCUGAUGGGCUCCGAUCUCUACAACAAUCUCAUUCGAUAUUUCAACGGACAUCUACAAGGACUGCGCGAAAGUGCAGAGAAUUUGCAAGACGAAGCUCUGUUGCGAUACUAUGCUGCUGAAUGGGAUCGAUACACCAUUGGGGCAAACUAUAUCAAUAGGUUGUUCACCUAUCUCAAUCGUCACUGGGUACGGAGAGAGCGAGACGAAGGACGAAAGUCGGUUUACCCUGUCUACACCCUUGCACUAGUCCAGUGGAGAACGCAGCUCUUCAUCCCAAUACAGCGGAAACAAAAGAUAGUCAACGCUUUGCUACGCCUCAUUGAAAACCAACGAAACGGGGACACUAUCGACCAGGGAUUGGUCAAGAAGGUUGUCGACUCGUUCGUCUCGCUGGGCUUGGAUGAAGCCGACAUCAACAAGGCCUGUCUGGAUAUCUACCGAGAGCACUUCGAAGUCCCCUUCAUCGACGCGACGGAAACAUACUACAAACACGAGUCUGAGGCUUUCCUGGGUAGCAAUAGCGUGUCGGACUACCUCAAGAAGGCCGAGGAGCGACUGCGAGAAGAAGAGGAUCGGGUAGAACGAUACUUGAACACUUCCACUCGCAAGGCUCUUAUCACGAAAUGCGAGCAUGUUCUCAUCCGCGACCACUCACAACUAAUGUGGGAUAGCUUCCAAUCGCUCUUGGACUACGACAAGGACGAAGACCUUCAGCGGAUGUACGCUCUCCUUUCCCGGAUUCCAGAGGGAUUAGAGCCUCUGCGGAAGAGAUUUGAGGAACAUGUCAAGAAGUCUGGACAAGACGCUGUUGCCAGACUAAUGGGUGCUAACAACGAAGCCCUGGAUCCUAAGGAAUAUGUUGAUGCUCUCUUGGCCGUCCACCAAAAGAACGCCGACACAGUCAACAGAAGCUUCCGCGGCGAGGCUGGCUUUGUUGCCAGUUUAGACAAAGCUUGCAGAGAGUUCGUCAACCGCAACGGAGCAACUGGUAAUUCGAACUCCAAAUCUCCCGAACUCAUUGCGAAGCAUGCAGAUCUGCUGCUGCGGAAGAACAACAAGGUCGCCGAAGAAGGAGAUCUGGAAGGUGCCUUGAACAGAGUGAUGAUUUUGUUCAAAUACAUUGAAGACAAGGAUAUCUUCCAGCAGUUCUAUACUACCAAGCUCUCGAAGCGACUGAUCCAUGGCGUAUCCGCUUCGGAAGAGAGUGAAUCCAGCAUGAUCUCCAAACUCAAGGAAGCAUGUGGCUUCGAAUACACCAACAAGCUUCAACGCAUGUUUACCGGCAAGCAGUCUCCAGAUAUGAGCCUGAGCAAGGACCUUACGGACCAAUUCAAGACCAGAAUGGAGCAGAACCACGAUGAUAUGGACAUCAAUUUCAGCAUCAUGGUCCUUGGAACCAAUUUCUGGCCGCUGACAGCACCUCAACACGAGUUCAUUAUUCCUGAAGAGAUGCUGACGACGUACGAUCGAUUCCAGAAGUACUACCAAACGAAACACUCUGGUCGAAAGCUUACCUGGUUGUGGAACUACUGCAAAAACGAGCUGAGGACGAAUUACACGAAUCAAAAGUACAUCCUCAUGACCAGCACUUUCCAAACGGCCAUCCUUACCCAAUACAACCGCAAUGAUACCCUGUCACUGGAUGAGCUCGUUACGGCGACGUCGAUACCGAAAGACCAUCUCGUCCAGGUGUUGGCAUUGUUGGUCAAGGCCAAGGUGCUCAUCAACGAGGAGACAGAUCAGUACGACCUUAACCCAGGAUUCAAGUCGAAGAAGAUUCGGGUCAACCUUAACCUGCCGAUCAAAGCAGAGACAAAGGCAGAGUCGAAGGAUGUUAUGAAGACUGUCGAGGAGGACAGGAAAUACGUGAUCCAAGCUACCAUUGUUCGAAUCAUGAAGGCUCGGAAGACGAUGAAGAACCAGGCUCUCCUCGACGAGGUCAUCUCACAGAUUUCGCAACGGUUUACUCCUAAGGUGCCAGAUAUCAAAAAGGCAAUCGACACUCUUCUCGAGAAAGACUAUAUAGAGCGGGUAGAGGGCACGAGAGAUACAUUCGCCUACCUCGCAUGA